GUUGUAUGUCCUCGGAAUCCCGGAGCAGUGUUCAGGAAGGAUGUGAGAGAGCAGCAGGGCUCCAGGCAGAGGAUUGCCCACAGCUGCCUGCAGAAAGGGAACCAGGCUGCCGUCUACGCAGAGUCCACAGGAGCCUUGAGAGGAAGGGACAGGGUGAGGUCAAGAGGAGUCAAGCUCCCCUGCCACCCCAGGUUACCCUUGCAGGAUGAGGGUGCCAUGGCCCCAGCCCUGGGCCCUCAAUCUCCUGCUCGUCCUCCUGCCUUGGACCUGGGGAGCAGAGAACCACCUUUCCCUGCUGUACCACCUCACGGCUGUGUCCUCCCCAGCCCAGGGGUCUCCCGCCUUCUGGGUCACAGGCUGGCUGGGUCCCCAGCAGUACCUGAGCUAUAGCAGCCUGCGCACAGAGGCUGAGCCCUGUGGGGCCUGGGUGUGGGAAGACCAGGUGCCCUGGUACUGGGAGAAGGAGACGGUGGACCUACGGAACAAGGAGAAGCUCUUCCUGGGGGCUCUAGAAGCCCUGAAGGGAGGUUCCGGUACACUGCAGGGGCUGCUGGGCUGUUCCCUGGGCCCUGGCAACACAUCGGUGCCCACUGCUUUGUUUGCCCUCAAUGGAGAGGAGUUCAUGCAGUUCCAUCCUACCAAUGGCAGCUGGAGUGGGGACUGGCCCGAGACAGAGGUGGUCAGUAAUCUGUGGACGCAGCAGCCUGAGGCAGUCCAGAAGGAGAGGACCUUCCUGCUCAACUCUUGCCCACAGCGGCUGCUGGGCCACCUGGAGAGGGGCCAUACAAACCUGGAAUGGAAGGAGCCGCCCUCCAUGCGUCUGAAGGCCCGCCCUGGCAGUCCCAGCUUCUCGGUGCUCACCUGCACUGCUUUCUCCUUCUACCCACCUGAGCUGCAGCUGCGAUUCCAGCGCAACGAUCUGGCAGCUGGCUCGGGGGACGACGGUGGUUUCGGUCCCAAUGGUGACGGCUCCUUCCAUGCCUGGUCAUCACUCACGGUCAAAAGUGGGGAUGAGCAUCAUUACAGCUGUGUUGUGCAGCAUGCCGGACUGCCACAGACCCUUACUGUGCAGCUAGCUACAGAGUCACAAGCCAGGUCCUCGGUGCCAGUGGUUGGAAUAAUCCUUGGCUUCUUGGUUCUCCUGGUGGCCGCUGCAGGAGGAGUUCUGUUAUGGACAAGAAUGAGGAGUGGACUGCCAGCCCCAUGGCUCUCUCUCAGAGGAGAUGACAUUGGUGACCUGCUGUCUGGCCCGGGCCUGCCCCCGGAGACUGAUUCUCAGGAUGUUAACUCCUUGCCCUCUACCACUUGAUGACCCUCACUCUGGCUGCCGUAGCCCUGUCGUGUGACCUCCUGAACUCCUGGUGUCUCUGAGCCUCCCCAAAACUGGACCUGAAGUCCUCCUUCGUAACCCUUUUGUUUGUGGCCUGUCUCAGUUUCUCCUUCGAAUGUAUAUGACUAUUUUUCCAAUUCCACAUAUUCAUAUAAUGAGUUUGGGCCUAAA